CUUCCUCCCGGUGUCCCAAGGUGCCGCUGUGUGAACAAUGCACAAGCGAUGGCUGACAUGGAGGCCACGUAUGCGGACUUCAUCGCCUCUCGCAGGACGGGACGUAGGAACGCCCUGCACGACAUCCUCGAGAGCCCAACCGAUCCCGAGGGGCGACAGCUGCCCCUCACGCUGUCCCUGUCCCAGCUACACAUCAACGCCGGAGGAGGAGAAGGAGGCGACACCGAGGACAGCCAGACUUCCUCCACCGCAGCCCAGAGGGAAAUGGAGCAGGGCAACAGCUAA